AUGAAUGUUGAGAUUUGUUCAACAGUCAGGUUAGUCAAAUAUUUAUACAAAUACGUCUACAAGGGGCAUGACCGUAUUAGUUUUCAUAUAAAUACUGGUGCUGCUGCUGAAAACAUCGAUGAAAUCAAUGACUUCCAAUCCGGACGAUGGGUCGCAGCUGCAGAGGCCUUUUGGCGCAUAUACAGGUUUUCUUUGAAUGAAAUGACUCCUUCUGUUUACGCUCUUCAGGUACAUCUUCCAGGCCACCAGAUGAUUUCAUUUCAUAAACAUUCUGACCUUGCUGAUGUUGUGAACCGUGCUGAUUUUAGCAAGACAAUGCUUACACAAAUUUUUCACAUGAAUAAGACCGAUAAAAUAGCUCAAAAACUCAAUUGCCUUUACCGUGACUUUCCUGAGUUUUUUGUCUGGACUCCCAGAACAAGAAACUGGACUCCGAGGAAACGGAGGUCAGUCAUUGGCAGAUUGGUAACUGUUAGCCCAACUGAGGGAGAACGUUAUUAUCUUCGAUUACUUCUAUCUCAUGUUCAUGCUCCAACGUCAUUUGAGGAUCUAUUGACUGUCAAUGGUAAGCUUGCUCUAUCAUAUAGAGAGGCUGUCUUCGAAAUGGGUUUUCUCCAAUCUGAUACGUACUUAGAGGAUGCUCUUACGGAUGCAACAACAUUUCAAAUGCCAUUCUCGCUCAGAACUCUGUUUGCAGUUCUCUUAGUCUAUUGCUCCCCCAGCAAUCCAAGGCUUCUUUGGGAAAGAUUCGAGGGUGAGCUUUCCCAGGAUUUAAGAAGGAACUCUCAUUUGACUGAUUGCGAUUCUGAUCAAAUAAGAAUGCGUACUCUCCAAGAUAUAAACAGAAUCUUAGAACAGAUGGGAAGGAAUGUGAGUGACUACCAUCUUGUUCCUGAAGGAUUUUCUCUUGUAUGUGAUGAGCGGCUCACAAAGGAGAUAGAGAGUGAGAGAAACAUUCUAUUCACGGAAGAAGACUUGCUCUUAUCUUCGAAAUUGAACGAAGGCCAGAAACAUGCUUACGAUGUUAUUCUAACUGAAGUUUAUUCUUCUGGGAGUAAGAGCUUUUUUGUUGAUGGUCCUGGGGGGACUGGCAAAAUGUUUUUAUAUCGUUCACUUCUUGCAACGCUUAGAUCUCAGGGCUAUAUUGCGAUAGCAGUUGCAUCGUCUGGCGUUGCUGCUUCUAUUCUUCCUGGAGGAAGGACUGCUCAUUCAAGAUUCAAGAUUCCGUUGGAUGUGUCAGCGAGCAGAACCUGCCAAAUCAGCAAGCAGAGCUCUAUAGCUAAGCUGAUUUCGCUAGCCAAACUAAUCCUUUGGGAUGAGGCUUCAAUGGCUAAAAAGGAUACUGUGGAAGCAUUUGAUCUAUUGCUGAAAGAUGUGAUGGAUUCUGAUAUGCCUUUUGGUGGUAAAAUAGUAGUUUUUGGUGGUGAUUUUCAUCAGACUCUACCUGUUAUACCAAAUGCAUCUAGGGACCAGCAGAUCGAAGCUAGCUUUGUUAAUUCUCUUUUAUGGAAUACUCUGACAAAGCUUUCUUUAUCAGAAAAUAUGCGAGCCCUUUUAGACCUUCCAUACUCUACCUGUUAA